UAAAGAAACAUGUUCAUGUCCUUUUUCUUAGUUAUGUUUAAAGUUCUCAGAAGUGAGUGUGUGAAUCAGACAGUAGGUCAGAUUUGGGUGUUAAACACUAGACUGUGGUUCUCCUGUGGUUUACUUGAGCUGCUUCCUGAUUCAUUUUCUUUUGAGACAAAAGUUAUGAUGCUUUCAGUUCAUCCAGUGGCUGUGAAAUGGCACUGCUGGUCCUCCUGCUGUUCUUCCAUCUGAUUCUGGACAUUUACUCUCAAAGUCUUCCUCAGCCCCGGCUACAUGUGUCUCCUGAAGUUAUCACACAGGGAGGAUCAGUGCAGCUUCACUGUGAUGCUCCACACUUUAAAGUGUCUCAGUGUUUUUUCUACCCAGAGAGAGACAGAACAAAUAUAAAACUCUCUCCAUCAUGUCGACUCUCAGUUACUGGUUCUGAACUGAUCAUGUGGACACGACGCAGGUCUCCUGGAACAUUUAAUAUUAUAUGUUACUACACUGUGAAUAAAUCUGUUCGUACUCCUUCUCCUCACUCUCUCCCAGCUCCAGUCACAGUGCUGAGUCAGAAACCAAAACUAAGUGUUGUUUAUGAUCAUCAGUCUGAUGAAUUGAGAUUUGUAUGUGAAAUACCAGAGUCAGAAUCAGUAACUGCUGGUUUUAGGUGUAAUCUCUACACUGGAGAAAAUCCUCACCCUUUCCUAAACCAAACAUCUCAAAAGAGAAACUCUGGGAAGAAGGUGUGUGUGUUUAUAGCACAGAGAAAUGAUGUGUUUCAUCGUCUACAGUCAGUAAAGAGUCGUGAAAUGAGCUGUGAUUAUUCACUGAUCUCUGAUCUCACUGCUCGCUCUCUAAUGAGUGAUAAAUACAGUCUGAUACAUUACUUUACUACAACAACCACCACCACAACAACAACAACAACAAUCACAACAGUAACAAACACAACACCACCACCACCACCACCAUCUCCCUCCACUGUGAAAGAGAAAACCAGUGCUGAUCUUUCAACUCACCCACACACCACAAGAUACACAACCACUAAUUUACUUCCUGAAACAACAAAGCUGUUCAUCACUCCAGAGAAAUCCACUGCAGGACUUUCAACUCAACCAAUCACCACAAGAUACACAACCAUUACCAUGAGUGCCACAGUUACACCUGAUCAUCAUAAUCAAAGCCUUACCAGUACUGCUAACAACUUAUCCAUUACUUCAUCAACCGGACACAAAAUUUCUCUCAGAGGAUCACUGAUUGUCCUUUUGCCUCCAGUCGUCGGUGUUGUACUGGCUGGACUGAUGAGCAUCUCGCUCUGCAUGUUCAUCAGAAAACAGAAAGUUAAGAGACAUAAUUAUUUGACCAGUGAUGAUCAGGGAGGCAUGCUUUCAGUGCUGAAUAUGAACACAUUCAAUUCAGAAGCUGCUGGACCUUAUACUGUGAUCAGCUCAGUACCUUUACCAUCCCUGUCUUUGGACACCGGCAGAGACACAAAAGAAGAUUCUAAGCAAAAAGAGGACGAUGUGUAUCACAUGUACUGCACCAUCGCUGACACUCAGGUGGUCAACAAAAACAAAAAUGAAGUGUACAGCCUGCUGCAGAUGCACUGAUGCAAAUUAUAGCUUUCUUUUAUUGCUUUUAUUUUCAUGCAGUGCAUGGCUUAAUUUAAUACUUUGCUUUGGAUCUGUAAAUAAAACUGACUGCUGUGUGGUCGUGUGAGAAAUGCUAAGACAAAGCAGUGGUUUGGCAAGUGAGUAACUGUUGGAGGAAGUAAAGAAAGCCAUGAAAAAGCACACAGACACUCAGGCCUACUCAAUCUCAGAGAUACAGAGAGAGAUGUGAGCUUGUGUGGUCAUGCUACAAACAGCAGUAGCAGCACCAUUUCAGUUUCCUUAACCUCUGUUAAUCUUCUUAACCAUAUUUCAUCCGGGUAAUCAUGUUUAACAGUUCCUACAUAAUUCUAGUUUCAUCAAUUUCUUGUUUUUUUGUUUGUUGACUUGUGCAAAGAAACCAAAACAAUGCAACAUCAAAGCUGAACAUUCAGUCAGACAAAAACUCUCAGCUCUCUAAUUAAUGACUGAACAACAUAAAUAGGUUAGCUAACGAGGUCCAGGCGUUCUUCAUCAGCUCGCUUCCAGACUCCUCCUUCCAGUGCAAAACCUACAGCUAAGCCACGCCCACUGCUACAGCUGACUGGAGGCAGUAGUUCUGGUCCAUUUAUGUCAUUUCUUUUACUUUUAUUAAAUGAAGUCUGAACAUAAUAUUGGUCCCUGUUCGACCAAUCGGUUAGAAGUUAUCUAAACAGUAGAAUGAGCUGAUAAAAUACCCGAGUUUGGAUCUAAUAAAAGCUCUAUAAAUAUACAUAAAGAACACAAUGAUAUACACGGAGUGUUUUUAGCAGGUCCUGAGUCCUGAGGUCCUUUAGCAGGACUACGGUCCUGAGUCAUGGUUCUGAAAGUUGUUAUUUUAAAAAAUACAGAAAUGUGUUGUGAAAUAUGUUGUGCUUCUGCUUUCAUUUGACUGGUUCACAUAGGCACAUACACACUGACUCAUCCCUGUUAACAAUCACAUUUACAUGGAAAACGCACUUUAGCACUCUGUGACACACAAUUUCGAUGACAUCAGUGUGACAAGCACUCUCGUUUCUCCUUGUUAUUUCUGUUCCUUAUUACUUUUUAUAAACCUUAUCAGACGGUGGGAAUGUAAACAGCUAUGUGGUGUGUGACAAAUAAAACAGUUUCAUGUGCACCAUCUGAAACAUGACAACAAAAGUCUGGUUUAAAAAAACAAGUGACAAAGUGACAUUUUCUGUGUGAACUAUAACACCACAGCACAUACGCUGUCCUGAAACAUAUUUUCAUGUAUUUUAUAUAGUUUAUAAUUUUUAUUUAUCUACUUUUUUUUUUUAACCCUUAUUUCCAUUCCUUUUAUGCUUAAAUGCCGGAGAGACAUAAAAAGCAUUUCACUGCAUGUUGUACUCUGUAUGUAUGCGACAAAUAAAAUUAAAUUUGAUUUU